AUGGAUUUGAACAAGACUCGCGGCCGUCCAACAAGCGGCAGCGAGGCCAACUCUUCAUCGACAAAUAUGGGACGGCCCUCGACCAACGCCUCCAGCACAAGCAGGAAUUCCACCUCGCUCAAGUCGCCCCUCACCGCUACUUCGUCCUCCAACCGGACCUACCCCCACAGCGGCACUGUCGACGAUGGCGAGCCGGCCCUGUCCAAUGACAAUGAUAUCUGGUCGCGGUCCGACUCUGACGAUUCCAACGACGACGCAGAGUCCGCUCCUGCAGCCUCGGAACGCUCCAGUGCCAAAGGAAGUGGGUCGCGCGCAACAGGAUUCUUCCGCUCCCUCGUCCACAGGAUCAGCAAGUCCGUCUACAAGCGCUACGGCUUCAUCCCAAAUAACCAGCAAGAACAAGACAGAAACGCCCAGCAAAACCCUCGGAGCUCAGUCUUGGGCAUCGAUCUCGAGCCGGUCAAGCCACCAUAUUUAGUGUCAAAUUGCCAUUUCCAGAUAAGAGACGCCACUGAGGACUGGGACCUGAACACGACUUUUGAUUUUGUGCACGCCCGCCUCAAAGAUCUUGGUAGUUCUUUGUACUAUCCGACCCAGUACAAGCCGCUUCUUGAGAAACACGGGUUCGAGAACAUCACGGUGACCAAAUAUGGCGCCCCCACCAAUGCCUGCUACCCAGGCAAGAAAUUACAAAAGAUCGGGACCAUGAUGACCAAAAACUGGACCAGCAUCAUUGAGCCGCUCACCCUUUCGGUCUUCAUAGACGGGCUGGGCUGGUCAGCAGAGGAUGUGAAGAAGUUUCUGAUGAACGUGAAGAGGGAGAUCCCAGACACCAGAUACCACUCCUUUAUGACAUUAAUGACAGUCUAUUGCAGGAAACCGCGCAUCGGCUCAGCUUCUACAUCGGUCUCCUCGUUCCAGAGCACGCCUGUUCCGGAACAUGCGACGAGGCGGUCCAACGACCAAUUGACCCACAUAGCCGAGGGUUCGGAGCCGUCUUCGGCAUGA